GGCCAGCAUUGUCCAGAAGAGGAUCAUCUACUUCCAGGAUGAAGGCUCUCUCACCAAGAGGAUGUGUGAGAAAGAGUCAUUGUAUGGGGAGACCACAGAGAAACCUUUGCUGGAUUGCUGUGCCUGUGGAACAGCCAAGUACAGAGUCACCUUCUACGGCAACUGGUCAGAGAAGGUGCACCCCAAAGACUACCCUCGGCGUGCUAACCACUGGUCGGCCAUCAUCGGAGCGUCCCACUCUAAGAACUAUGUGCUGUGGGAGUAUGGUGGCUACGCCAGCGAGGGCAUCAAGAAGGUGGCCGAGCUGGGAUCACCUGUCUCCAUGGAGGAAGAGAUCAGGCAAAAGAUUCAGCUGAAGCUGCCUGUGUGUUGUCACGCCAUGGGUUGAUGAAUGAGUGUGCCAGACAGCGGCGGUGGAUCCAGGCUGUGCUAUCUGGCUUACCGAUAGCCUCUCAGGACGUCUAUGGUCAGUCAGCAAAUCAAUUUACAGCCCUACUGAGAAGCAUCGGCGGACGCUCUCAGAAACUCGUCGUUCCUAAACACGGUGAUCCUUUUGUCACUGCGUUGCUUCCCCCCUCACCUGUGGGAUGGAUUCCAUUUCAUGUAAAGAUUUAUACAUACAGUAUGUGCCCGCUGUGGUGUUACCUACCCCCACAGUAUCUGGGCUGCAGAUUUUCCAUCCUGUGGGCCGGGAAGACAGAAUGUCAAUGGAGAUUUAAUGAACACCUGAAGGCUGUGUAAAGCUACGCUAGCAUGCAGAUAACAUUGCGUCCCGUUGGAAUUCCAAGACAUCUUUUCUGUCUAUUAAUAGUUAAGGACGUGCUGGAACAGUCCAAUAUGAGAUGCCUGAGCAGAGCUUUGAUUACAGCAUCACAGGAGCUCCUGGCUCACCCAGGGAAUGGGCCUCGCUAGACCAAUGAGAGAGUAAGGAGGGAGUCGCUGCCUCACAGGCAGAAAACAGCUCUUAAUUUGACAUAAUUGUGGUCUCCCAGGGAAUAGGUGGUG